AUGGGUCAGAAGAAAAAGGAGGUGUCGAAGCCGACGGCGGUGGCCGUUUCUAUGGACUGCAGUCAGUUGAAACCAGAUCUCCCUUCAAUUCAAGAAUAUGUUGUACUGGAGAACAGUGUUGAGGAAUACCAUGACCCGUGUGAAAUGCUGGAAGCUGAAUCGUUCGUUGAUCAUCUUUUGCCAGCAGAUACAGGGGGCAUAGCUGGUCCGUCCAGAGCUGCGAAUUGGGCUGAGGAGAUGGAGAAAACAGAUUACCAGAACUCAACUAAAGACGUAUGGAGCAAAUUUAAAGCUAACCAGGUGAAAACUCCAGCUACUAGCUUGGACUUCAUAAAACCUAUCAAGGUUGGGGACCAAAUAAUUGCUAAACUAGACAUUGAUGAAAUUGAGGUUGAAGCUUCCUUUUGGCGCACAUCGAUUGUUUGUGUAGUGUUGGGUGCUAACCCCCCCUUUAGAGUGUUUGAAGGAUUUGUGAAAAGAAUCUGGGGUAACCUUGGUAUUGAUAGGAUAGUGUGCAUGAACUCUGGGUUUACUUUGGUGAGUUUUCGUGAUGUUGCUACUAGGGAUCUUGUCCUGGAAACUGGUGUUAUCCACUUCGACAAGAAGCCAGUUGUUCUCUGUCCCUGGUCACCUGAUAUGGACACAGUGCAGAUGGUGAAAUCGGUUCCGGUCUGGGUUCGAUUAAAUGGCUUGGGGCUUCAAUAUUGGGGUCGUAAGAGUCUAAGUGCACUAGUUAGUACCUUAGGUAAACCCAUAAUGAUUGAUCAAGUUACUCGUGAUAGAUCGAUGGUCAAAUUUGCAAGAAUUCUGGUUGACAUGGAAAUCUCUGAGACCCCUCCUAAGACUAUCUCAUUUGUCAAUGAAAGAGAUCAACUAGUUGAUCAAUUGGUGGAAUACGAAUGGCUUCCCUCUAAAUGA